CAGCAGCUUUCAUAAAGUUGUUUUUCUGCUGAGCGACCCAUCUAGAGGAAGGAUGUCAGCCUCGUUCAGACGUCUGGUCUCUGGCCGAAACACGGCGGUGCUGUUGGCCAGUCUGGGAGCAGGAACGAUGGCAACCAGUUUGCUGCUGAAUGACAACAGCUCCCUAGCUGCUGAGGCCAAGAAGAAGCUGUAUCCCCCCAGUUCUGACUUCCCUGACCUGAGGAAACACAAUAACUGCAUGGCCUCGGCUCUGACUCCAGCCGUUUAUGCUAAACUUCGGGACAAGUUGACCCCCAACAACUGGACCCUAGACCAGUGCAUCCAAACAGGGGUUGAUAACCCCGGUCACCCUUUCAUUAAGACGGUGGGCUGCGUUGCUGGUGACGAGGAGAGCUAUGAGGUGUUUGCUGAGCUAUUUGACCCUAUCAUCAAAGACAGACACAACGGCUACGACCCCCGAACCAUGACCCAUCCCACUGAUCUGGAUGCUUCCAAGAUCACCAAUGGCAUGUUUGAUGAGAAAUACGUGCUGUCAUCCCGGGUCCGGACUGGACGCAGUAUCCGCGGACUGAGCCUCCCCCCAGCCUGUUCGAGGGCUGAGCGACGUGAGGUGGAGCGGGUCGCGGUGAUGGCUCUGGCUGGCCUAAAGGGAGACCUGGCUGGACAUUAUUACAGCCUGGGAGACAUGACAGAGAAGGAACAGCAGCAGCUCAUUGAUGACCACUUCCUGUUUGAUAAGCCCGUUUCUCCACUACUGACAUGUGCCUUCAUGGCCAGAGACUGGCCAGACGCCAGGGGCAUCUGGCACAACAAUGAGAAGACCUUUCUGAUCUGGAUUAAUGAGGAAGAUCACACCAGAGUCAUCUCCAUGGAGAAGGGUGGCAACAUGAAGAGAGUGUUCGAGAGAUUCUGUAACGGUCUCAAACAGGUGGAACAUCUGAUCCAGGAGAGAGGCUGGGAGUUCAUGUGGAACGAACGGCUGGGCUACAUCCUCACGUGUCCCUCCAACCUGGGCACUGGACUCAGGGCAGGCGUGCACGUGCGCCUGCCGAAACUCAGCAAGGACCCACGUUUUUCUAAAAUCCUGGACAACCUGCGGCUGCAGAAGCGAGGCACAGGUGGAGUCGACACGGCUGCCACCGGAGACACCUUUGACAUUUCCAACCUCGACCGUUUGGGUAAAUCUGAGGUGGAGCUCGUCCAGCUGGUGGUGGAUGGGGUCAACUACCUGAUCGAGUGUGAGAAGAAGCUGGAGAAGGGUCAAGACAUCAAAGUCCCAGCUCCCAUUGUUCAGUUUAGGAAGUGAGCACUUCACCUGCUCCCAGACUGAGCCUGAUGACAAGAACAGAGCAAGGCCUCAGCGUGACGACACAGGAAGCUGCUGGCUCUCUCAAAGGUUGCAAAUCUUCAGGGUGAAAUGAUCUCAGACAUGACCUGCAGAAAGUUCUACCUCAAGUUAAAUGUAACC